UUACUUGUGCACAUUAUCUCAGUAAAUGUGCGAUAAUUCUUGUGUGCGAAGCCGCUUAUAUUGUAUCUAAUUCGCCUCCAUUUUCGCUUGUUUAGCAGAUAUAUAACCCGGUCCGAGAAAACGUGUUAAGCCCAGACAUUGUUUCCGCAAGUUAUGACUAAACGUGUGUUUCAUUAUAUGAUGAGAUUUUUAUUUCGUUUUUAUCGUUCUAGAAAAAAUCCAUUACGUGAACGAAAGCUUCUCACCACAGAAAAGACUAAAAACUAUAUAAUACAAAUACCUAAUAUGUAUAUUCAACUAUACCAUUAUUAAUAAAAUUUCUAAUCAUCUCAUAUAAUCUAUAAAUAAACUUGCAUGAUCAGCGCAAGUGGUAAACGCAGGAAACUGUACAUUUCCUGUCGCGGUCCUUGAGACAAUAUACCUCGGUGACAAUAUUCGCCCUGUGCGUCAUGCACGUUAUGCAUGAUCCUCUCCUCUCUCCAAACUCUAUCGAAACUCGCUGGAAUUCGCGCCGGCACACGGGAUAGUCACCGACUGGGACUCGCGUGAAUAAUUGGAGCCUCGACAGUCACGGAGCAGACCGCGUGCUGCUUCGUUGGGGAUUGAUCGGUCGUCCGUCUCUCGAAUCGUUUAGCCUGUCGAGCUUAUCGGGCGGGUCGCCGACAGGUUGCAAGGGUGUGGUGCGGCGUGGAUAAGAGGAGAUGCGACUUCCGGGCCGUCUGGUUCAUUUUUUUACUCUGGCGCGCUGAUAAGGGAGUCCGCGCGCGGCCACGUUCACGCCCUGAUCGACGCGACAAGUGAACAACUUCACGAGGCUCGAGAAAGGAAGAGGAGAAAAAAUUGUGCAGACAGCGUCGACGAAUCGAGCUUUCGGCGAAAAAAUGUCAAACGUGAGUAAUCUGGAGCAGCAGAUCGCCAGCCUGCAGAUCAAUCACGGCGAUGAGGCGACCAAGGCGGCGGUCAAGCCUGGCAAGAAGGUCGGGCCUGCGGUGCCGCCGAAGCCGAAAAAGUCUCAGCCGCAGAUACCACAAAGUUACACCGUGAAGGCUCCACCGACGCCGUCGUACAGCACAGUGCUCAACAACACAGGCUCGAACGACAAGACUUCAAAUUUGUACAUGAACACCCCGUCGCCGUAUGUACCGCUGGACAUAAAGAACGACUUUUCCCAAAUGGCAUCCGCCAACGGCAAGGAAGCGUCGAAACUCUAUCAGAACAACGACAGUUUGUAUACGCAGCCGGAGGAGAAGUUCGAGCCCAAGUACAGAUACGACGAGAAGAACUAUUACUCCAACGUCGGAAACAUGCCAGCUCCUCAGGUCCCCGUAGACGAUCGCGCGAGCAGAGCAACCAGAAACGCCGUGUACAGUAACAUAGAACCGCCGGUACCUAUCCCGGUACCCGCGUACAAGUAUCCAAACGAGGCUGAGAAGGACAUUAUAUACAGCAACAUUCAGUGGAAUUCUAAAACGGAAAACACAUAUUGCAACGUUCCUCCAGCGCACAGUGCCGACGAUUUACCGCCACCGCCGGAGCCGUCGGAGUACGUUUCCUGCGUGCCAGGAAAUUCGUUCCCGCCGCCGCCCGAGGAACUGCCUCCACCGCCGAGUCCAGUCUCGUCGAGUUACAGUGAGCUGAGACGCGCCACUUAUCAAACUGAUUAUCCGUCCGGCAAUUAUCCUGCCGAUAUCUAUGGGCCGAGUUCGCAGUCCAGCUCGACGUACGAGUCGAUAUACGAGCCGAUCAAUCCUAGACCACCGUCGCAAUUAUCUUGCAAUUACUCUAUGUACUCUGGGUACGGAUCAGCCGCGUCCACGCAGCCGCAAGGCAAGGUGUCACCCGUUAAAGAAGACAAUCCCCGAGAUUCUGUCUUGCGAAAGGUCGAUGUUCUCACGAAUCUGUUAGUUCGAGGAAUGGAAGAUAACAAUGAAGACAGCGAUAUAUACGGCAUUUGUGCCCACUGCGGGCGCAAGGUCGAAGGCGAGGGCACUGGGUGCUCGGCAAUGGACAAAGUCUUUCACAUAAACUGUUUCUGCUGCUUCGUGUGUAAAGUUAAUCUACAAGGAAAACCAUUUUACUCGCUAGAAGGCAAGCCGUACUGUGAAGAGGAUUAUCUUAAUACUCUGGAAAAAUGUUGCGUCUGCACCAGACCGAUACUCGAUCGGAUACUGCGAGCUACUGGCAAGCCCUACCAUCCUUCUUGCUUUACCUGUGUCGUUUGCGGUCAGAGCCUCGAUGGAAUUCCCUUCACGGUUGACGCCACCAACCAGAUCCAUUGUAUCCAAUGCUUCCAUAAGAAAUUCGCUCCCCGUUGCUGCGUUUGCAAGUUGCCAAUAAUGCCCGAGCCCGGUCAGGACGAGACUGUGCGAGUAGUGGCGUUAGACCGUAGCUUCCACAUUCAGUGUUACAAGUGCGAGGAUUGCGGAUUAGUGUUGUCCUCCGACUCGGAGGGGCGAGGCUGCUACCCCCUGGACGAUCAUGUUCUGUGCAAGAGUUGCAACGCUACUCGUGUCCAAGCCUUAACAUCUCACAUGACGACCGAGUUAUAAAUUAUAUACAACGUUCUGUACGCGCGGUAGCUAAAUUCAUUGAUAUGCAUUUUAUGAAACUCGUAAGGUAAGGAAGAAACGUCGCGAACGAGGGAAUAUUGCGUAUAUCAAAGACACGUCGUUGUGAUUAACUGUGUAGCGAUAAGAGUACCGUUCUCUACACGGUACUUGUGUAGGUCUUUUUACGAUUUUUCCAUUCCGCUAGAAUUACUGCUGCUUGCAGUAUUUUAUAUCUAUCCAAGAUAGUAUUUGCUACUCAUUAUAUCAGCGAUUAUCGAUUUUAUGAGAUCACUUUUUUACAAUAUUUUAACAAUAUUAAUAGCCUAUGGAAAUAGACUACGAGAAUGAUGGAAAUUUAAGCCGGAUUUUUUAGUCAAACAACGAGCGACGAGGUAAAUUCCGGUUAUAUUUCAACUAGCUUUGUAAUAUUGCUCACACAUUUUUUGUAAUUUGACGAGACGCGAGAUGAGAAUUGUUAGACCCGAUGUCCGACUUACUAGCCGUAACGGUGUGCAAGAUUGAGGCGCGUUGAAAUUUCGCCACUGCCAUAAUUGAAGCAUUUCCAGUAUGUUAAUAACGCGGAAGUAAGAAAUGUAUCGUCUACGAAUUAGAAGUUAACGUAGAUUAAUUUCAACGUCUGAGGUAAUAUUCCUGCGGAUGUGAUUAUCAUUGUGAUUUUAGCGAAGUAUUUGAUGUAAUGGUAAAGUAUUUAACACGUAGUCUGCUGCGAUGGGAAUACCGCUUCGAUUCAUGUAUAUUUAGCGAUGGAUCGCAAGUUUCAGGAUAGCGUUAGUAUUAAUCAUGUAUCACGGUGAGGAGUCGUGCCAUCUUUUAACGUUGUGGUCGUUAAAAAAAAUCGAGCUUUCGAGCUGCAAGGUUACCGAAAGAAACGAGAAGCAAACGCUCAAACGAACGCGCUCUAUCUCGCGAUGUAAAAUCAGCUCGAAAAAUUCUCGCAUGGGUAAGACAUUACAUCAGGAGGAGGAGACUUAUAUGAUCUCUGUAUUAUAGUAUCAAUAAAAAUACAGUUUGUUAUUUA